GGAAAUCCAACGUGAUUAUUACUUCUCAGUCUAUAGGUCUAUAAUGCUCGCAAUUUCUAAAUUCCAAUCCCUAAUCCUCAAAAUCGACGCCCUUCCUCCGCCGCCGCCGCUGCCGCCGGCGGUUUGGACUCCUUCGCAUUCUUCUUAGUUUUCGUUGAAAGAUUUAGAGCUUUUUCAGGUUCCUCUAUCUCUUUGUCGAAGUCAGCAUUGGUCUCUUGAAGCAGGCAAGGCUGAAAUCUGAUGAGAUUUGCAGCUCCGACGAAAUUAGCCGAGGCCCAAUCUCUGCCCCUUCUCUUCACCUCUCUCUUUCAACACUCCACACAAGGGGUGCGGAGGCUGCAAUUCCUGCCUACUUCUCCAAGUAGGAGAAGUAUCGCGACUGCGAUGGCUUGGAGUUUGGAGAAUACGGCAACGGGCUUAGUGCGGCCGGCAACUGCAGAUUAUGCGGCAGAUGCGAUCGAAGCUGUCAAGGCCGGAAAAGUGAUCGCUGUGCCAACUGACACCCUCUACGGCUUUGCUUGUGAUGCUUGCUCGAUGGAAGCUGUUCACAGAAUAUACGAGAUCAAAGGCCGAAAGCAUACUAGCCCUCUAGCUAUUUGUGUUGGGGAUGUUCAAGAUAUACAACGUUUCGCCACCACUCACCAUUUGCCUCUCGGGUUGCUUGAUUCGCUGCUUCCCGGACCAGUGACAGUGGUUCUAAGACGAGGGGAUUCAAGCAUCCUUGAAAAGUCUUUAAAUCCUGGGCUGGACAGCAUAGGUGUAAGAGUGCCCGACUGUGAUUUCAUUCGGCUAAUUGCUCGUGGUUCACGGAGCGCCCUGGCCCUCACGAGCGCUAAUCUUAGCGGGCAGCCUAGUAGUGUAGAUGUGAAAGAUUUUGAGAACCUUUGGCAGCAUUGUGCGUGCAUUUACAACGGCGGACUGCUUCCAUCGGGGCGUGCAGGAUCGACAGUCGUUGAUCUUACUAAACCGGGAGAGUUUAAGAUUCUCAGACCGGGAAGUGCCAAGGAGGAGACAAUUGCAAUUCUUGAGAGAUAUGCUCUAGUAGAAGAAAUUAGUGUCUCAUAACUACAUUCACAAUUUCCACAUGUGAUAUGUUUUUCACUUUGAUUAUAUUGUAGUAUUACUCUUCUCUUCAUGUUUUAUCAUGUAUUCUAAUGAAAUUCUGUACAAAAUGCCAUGAUAGCAACGACUUGGGGGUUAAAA